AUGGCAGAUUUGGUGCGCGAUGCGCCAAUCGGGCAGCUCUUACGAUGGCUUACCAGCAACCGGUAUCUCCAAUAUGCUGAGGAGGUCCCUGGGUUUGAGAUACCCACAAGUUGGACACGGAGGUUCAGCAAAGACUCUGAUUCCGGCUCGUCGUCUGACAAUGUGCUCGCAAGCAGAGCUGAGGCUUCCCAUGCAGCCACCAACUCUGUAACACAAAACGUCGACGGGGCUGACGAAACGGCAACUACAUGGAACAAACAAAGAACUUCGUUUACAAGGUGCGAGUAUUCUCACGAUGAGGACGUAUUUGCCGUGGAUUGGUAUGGCAAAGAUGACCCCGAUAAUCCGUACAACUGGUCACCUAACAAGCGGCACUUCGUUACCUUCAUCAUCUGUUUAUACACUUUUGUAGUUUACAUGUCAUCAUCAGUCUACAUAAACUCUACCAAGGGAGUAAUGGAGAGAUUCGAUGUAAACAUAGUUCAGGCUACUAUAGGAUUGUCUCUAUAUGUGCUGGGUUAUGGCGUCGGACCACUAAUCUUCUCGCCACUCAGCGAAAUACCAUCAAUCGGUCGAAACCCCAUCUACAUCACCACAAUGGUGAUAUUCGUCGUCGUAUCAAUACCUGCAGCAUUGGCAAGUAGCUUCGGCGAGCUUAUUGCGUUGCGCUUUCUUCAAGGGUUCUUUGGUUCUCCGUGCUUAGCUUCGGGUGGCGCCUCGGUCGGUGACAUCUACAGCUUUCAGUCUUUGCCAUAUGCUAUGCUUGCGUGGGUAUCUGCUGCGUAUUGCGGGCCGGCUUUGGGCCCCUUGCUGAGUGGCUAUUCCGUCCCUGCAAUGAAUUGGCGAUGGUCUCUAUUGGAGACUAUAUGGGCCUCGGUUCCUGUCCUGUUUCUCAUGUUUCUCUUCCUCCCGGAAACGAGCAGCGCCGGUAUAUUGUAUCGAAGAGCGCAGCGACUCUCCAAGUUGACUGGGAAACAAUUCGUCCUGCCGAGUCAACUCUCCAAACCGAAGGCAUCGGCUACUUCGAUCCUAGUUAAUGCCAUCAUCAAGCCAGUUGAGAUUACUAUCAAGGAUCCUUCCAUACUAUUUGUACAGAUAUACACGUCCAUUAUUUACGGAACCUAUUAUUCCUUUUUCGAGGUCUUUCCACUUGUAUACCCCGUCUACUACGGCAUGAAUGCUGGACAAGUCGGCCUCGUGUUCCUCCAUGUUCUCGUUGCCUGUAUACUAGGCGUUAUUACCUACAUCCUAUGCCUGCGCUAUCUAGGCAAGGGUGGCUUAGCCACACAAGAAAGCCGUCUGCUUCCCGCCUUGGUGUUCUGCUUUGGGCCAACGAUAGGUCUCUUCAUGUUCGCCUGGACAGCUAGAGAAUCUAUCCACUGGAUUGUUCCCACUCUUGGAGUUACCAUAUACGGAGGCAGCGUCUUCGUUGUUCUGCAGUGCUUAUUCAUCUAUAUCCCCAUGAGCUAUCCUCAAUAUGCUGCCAGUCUCUUUGCCGCGAACGACUUUUUCCGCAGCGCGCUGGCGUGCGGUAGCGUGUUAUUCGCACAUCCCUUGUUUGGCAAUUUGGGUGUCGCCCGAGGUGUGAGCUUGUUGGCAGGGCUAAGCGUUAUCGGGAUUAUUGGCAUGUGGUUAUUGUAUUGGUAUGGCGCGAGACUCCGUGCCAUGAGCAAAUUUGCAGCCACAACAUGA